UCCUCCUUGGCAGUGCCGUGUCUCCACCAGCUGCUUUGCUGGGGUGGGGGAGCCUUUCACAGCCCCAGGGCUUGGCGACAGCGACUGGAAAGGGCACAGCUUUGUUCUUCAUGCUUGGGCUGCCAAGACAGAGGGUGGCACAGGCUGAUGCUGGGGGGGGACGGUGCCGGGAGCAGGAGACAGAUGUAAGGGGUGCUGGUCUCCUGGGACAUGCCAGGGGCAGGGGGUUUUGGUGUGCCCAGGGGAAAUGUGCUGCAUCGCCCUUCCCGUGGGUUCCUUGGCGUUAUGGGGCCAUUCAUAUGGUGGUUUGACUUUUUUUGUUUCCUCACCCGGUGCUUCCUCCGUGCUAAUCUGCCUCCACCUGCUCUGGGAGUGGCAGAGGUGGAGGCGAGGGAGAAAGUCUCUUCACUUCCAGUUGCUGAAGCCAGGCUGGCAGGACGGAUCCAAUCCUGCUGCCUCCUCCCUCAGGGCUGGUCUUGCUGGGUUUUGGGGCAGCUGAGGUUGGUUCCUAAAGCCAGGAGCCUCUUCCCAGCCCCCCAGCAAGGCCGAGGGUGAAGAGGAAGGAAGCGGUGUCUUUGCUCCAAAACAGCUUGCUCUGCUCUCGGCUGCUGCAGGCUUUCGGGUGACACGGGAUGAGUGUGCCAGCUGAUGAGCCGGGCAACGUGGCCCAUGCCAUGUUUGAAAGGUUCCUGCAUGCAGGGGAGUGCCGGGAGGUGCUGGGCUGCUUUGGGGAGCUGUGCCAGCAGCUGGGGCUGCAGGGCAGUGGGCUGCAGCUCUACCACAGCCUCAAGGCUGCCCUCAACUACUGGAGUGCCAAGGCCCUGUGGAGCAAGCUGGAUAAGAAAGCCGGGCACAAGGUCUACGACCAGGGCAAGGCCUGUGCCAGCACCAAGUGCCUGGUGGUGGGAGCCGGUCCCUGUGGGCUGCGGGUGGCCAUCGAGCUGGCGCUGCUGGGUGCCCGCGUGGUGCUGCUGGAGAAGAGGGACUCCUUCUCCCGCAACAACGUCCUGCACCUCUGGCCCUUCACCAUCCAUGACCUGCGGGCUCUGGGCGCCAAGAAGUUCUAUGGGCGCUUCUGCACCGGCACGCUGGAUCACAUCAGUAUCCGGCAGCUCCAGCUGAUCCUGCUGAAGGUGGCUUUGCUCCUGGGGGUGGAGGUGCACAUCAAUGUGAAGUUUGAGGGCCUUGUUCCCCCCACACGCAAGGCAGGUGGCUGGCAGGCUGUGGUGCAGCCCAGUUCCUCUCCCCUCACCCACUACAAGUUUGACGUCCUCAUCUCAGCUGGCGGUGGCAAAUUUGUCCCUGAAGGGUUCAAGCGGAAGGAGACACGGGGGAAGCUGGCCAUCGGCAUCACCACCAACUUCAUCAACCGCCACAGCCGGGCCGAGGUGGAGGUGGCUGAGAUCAGCGGUGUGGCCCGAAUCUACAACCAGAAGUUCUUCCAGAACCUCUACAACAAAACAGGCAUUGACCUGGAAAACAUUGUAUACUACAAGGACGACACUCACUAUUUUGUCAUGACGGCCAAGAAGCAGAGCCUGCUCAAGAAGGGAGUCAUCCUCCAGGACAAAGCAGACAUCGAGAGCCUCCUGUCCCCAGAGAACGUGAACCGGGAUGCCCUCCUCAGCUAUGCCAAAGAAGCUGCCAACUUCUCCACCAACUACCACUUGCCUGAACUGGAGUUUGCCCUCAACCACCGGGACCUGCCGGAUGUUGACAUGUUUGACUUCACCUGCAUGACGCGCUCGGAGAAUGCGGCGCUGGUGCGGGAUUACAACGGGGCUCGUCUGCUCCUGGGGCUGGUGGGCGACUGCUUGGUGGAGCCCUUCUGGCCACUGGGCACUGGGGUGGCGAGGGGAUUCCUCGCCGCCUUUGACGCAGCGUGGAUGGUGCGGCGCUGGGCAGCUGGGACCCCCCCACUGGAGGUGCUGGCCGAGAGGGAGAGCAUCUACCAGCACCUCUCGCAGACCUCCCCAGACAACACCCACAAGAACAUCAGUCAGUACAGCAUCGACCCGGCCACACGCUACCCCAACAUCAACCUGCAGGCCAUCAAACCCAGCCAGGUCCGAGACCUCUACCUUGUGGGCACAGUGGAGGUGGACCACAAGAGGAAGAGUGACAACCGGCUCAUCACCGCAGCCUCUGGAGACUUCUAUGAAGAGCUGCUGAGCUGGUGCCAGGCCAGCACAGCUGGGUACCGUGGCGUGGCAGUGACCAACUUCACCACCUCCUGGACCAGUGGCUUGGCCCUCUGUGCCCUCAUCCACCGCUUCCGCCCUGAUCUCGUGGACUUUGACUCUGUGGACAGCCAGGAUGCCGUUCAGAUCCACCAGAUGAUGCUGGACGUGGCAGAGCAGGAGCUGGGCAUCCAGCCUGUCCUCUCCAGCCUUGAGAUGGCCACCAUGACAGAGCCUGACCGCCUGGGCCUCAUCACCUACCUCAGCCAGUUUUAUGAAGCUUUCAAGACCUCACCAGAGGUAGAGGAGGUCAGCAAGAAACCACUGUCUCCCCGUGGCACACGAGGGGCCAUCCUCUUCCUCAGCAAGCUGCAGAAGAGCCGGAACCUGACACACAAACGCGCCCAGGACAGUGCCCAGAAGGAUGCUGAGGCCAAGAGGAGCCGCAGGGACACCGAGCUGGACACGGGGCUGGAUGGAGACACUCUGGACAGUGCCCAUGAGCUGCUGCAAACCACCGUGACGGACCCAGAGCAGCUGCCGAGAGAGAGGACAGGGGAGAACAGCGAUGCCUGCUACUUCUGUGGCAGCCAUGUCUACAUCCUGGAGCGAGCCAGCGCCGAGGGACGUUUCUUCCACCGUGGCUGCUUCCAGUGCCAGCAGUGUGGGGCCACCCUGCGCCUGGGCGACUACGCCUUUAACGAGGAGGAUGGUAAUUUUUACUGCUCACUUCACUACCCCAAUCUACCUGGCAUGGACCUAUCCCGGCACGAGGCCCCAGCACUGCCUGAUUUAGGGGAUGCUGAUGCUGCCACUGACCCACCCUUGGAUGCUGGGAGCCCAUGUGUGCCCCCCAAGGAGGGGGCGCCUGGUCCCCUACAGCCCACUCCAGCAGCUCCACAGCAAGGGGAAGAGCCUGGCACAGUGGAGGAUGCUGUGGAUGCUGGUGAUGUGGAGGAGCAGGAGCUGCUGGCACAGCCCAGGGAGGAUGCAAGGGAGGAGGAGGGUCCUCCCACAGAACCGCAGGGGGUGGCAGAGGAGGGUGAGGAGAGUGGGGGCAGGAGGAAGAUCAUCCUUACACCACUGGAGAAGCUCAGUCUGUCCACCCUGAAUCUCACCAGCGAAGCAGAGCCUGAUCCUCCACUGAAGCCAGCUCGUCUGUGGCUCCAAGCAGUGCCUGAGGCCCUCCCUGCCCCGUGGCAGGGUCAAGACUGCUGGAAGGAGGAGGAGGAACUUGACAUGCAGAAAACUUUGGAGGAGAGUGACAGCGAGGAAGAGGAGGAGAAGGAGAAAGAGGAGGAAGGCACAGACCUUGGCAUCAUGGCAGAGUUGUGCCUGAACCUGGGCAAAGAGGAUGUGCACCCCACCUGUGAGCACACACUGUCCCGCCGGGCCAGGGAAGCCCACAUGAAGCGGUUCUGCAAAGCCCAGGCCAUCCAGAGACGGCUGGAGGAGAUCGAGGUGACAUUCCGGGAACUGGAGCAGGAAGGCAUCAAACUGGAGAAGUUACUCCGGGAUGAGAAUGGCAGCCCAGCUGACCAGCAGACACAGUGGACAAACCAGCUGCUGUACUUGGUCCAGAAGAAGAACAGUCUGAUGAUUGAGGAGUCGGACCUCAUGAUUGCGGUGCAGGAACUGAAGCUGGAGGAGCAGCAGUGGCAGCUUGAUAAGAAGCUCCGGAGUUACAUGAACAGGGAGGAAACCCUAAAGACACCUGAGGAUUGCAGGGCUGAGCAGGAGACUCUGGCGCAGCUGUUGAAGGUGGUGAAUGAGCGCAACCUCCUCAUCCACAUCCAGGAGGAGAAGCGGCUCAGUGAGCUGCGGGCCUGACCCGCACAGCCCCUGACCCACCAGAUCCUCCCUGGGGGGACAAGCAGUGUGUGUGUGUGUCUCCUGGUACAAGCAUCACUCUGAGCUGCCUCUGUGAUGGUCGUGAUGCCUGAGCUGCUUGCAAGCACCAGCAGCUGCCAUGGCGAAUCCAGCUCCCUGCUUGCCAAAGCCUGUCACGGAGGGGCCAGACCUGCUGGUGGAUGCCCACAUGGAGAGACACUGAGAAGCACCCAGCUUUGGGGUGCAAAGAGGGCGUUCUCGCAUGUGGCUGGAUUGCCUUUGCCUUGUGCUUGCUUGAAAAUAAGAUUUGCAGGGGGCUCCAGGGGUGCCCAGCAGCAAGGAGGUGACUGUGGCCACCACAGGCAGGUCACAGGGGAGAUGUCAAAUGUGCAGGGGCAGCAUCAGGACGGGUCCCUGGAAGCUACCCUGGGACAUCCCUUCCAGCUGAGGGCAUCCAUCCCAGCCUGGACUGUCCAUCUCUUCAAGGGACACUUGGCUGUACAAGUGGGGGCCAGUGACAGAUUGGGCUGAUCCUGCCACUCUGCAUAGCUGCUUUUGCAAGCCAUGUCCAUGCUGUCCCCAGCUGCUGCAGGAAACCAGGAUCACAACCCCACCAUGAGCCCCUUGGGGCAGGGAAGGGCAUUUUGUCCAGAUUGUGCCCAGGGCCUUCACUCUGUGAUACCAAAGACAAGGGAUGCCAGUGGCCAUGUCCUCCUUGCCCCUUUCGGGUUUCUCCUGCUUGGCAAUGCCACAAUGGCCUUUGCACAGACCUCAGACGCCCCUAGAGUCUCCAGGUGUUGCAGGGUGAAUGGAACUUGCAGCAGCCCCAGACAUGUUGGGGACGGGGGUCCCAGGCAUGGGUUCUCAGCAAUACCACCCUGUGUUCAGCCCUUAUCCUGCCAUUCCCCUCAGUGUCUCCUCCGGCCCUCCCUUGUGUUUGUACCAGCCCUACCAUCCUGUUGCAACCCCCCUCCUUUCCUAAUAAAGCCCCCCUGACCCGGCA